AAACCUUAAGGUAUCGAUGUUAUAUCGAGGGUUUUGCCAGUAAACAAAAAGAUUAAUAGAGGAAAUAUAUGGAGUUCACCUGGAAGGUUGUAUGUGAACGUAAUUUAAACUCGACUGCCAUGUAAAGCCUCUUAAACAAGGAUUGGCAGAAAUGGAACCCCACCAUUCUUACGUCCAAGUAAAGAAAGAAGCUAUUGAGGAAGAGUUCCUAGAUGAAGACGAAGAGGUUAGCGAAUUUAUUUUCGACGAGAAACCCCGCCAUUUCGAAGCUUUUGAGGUCAAUCUGCACGAUAGGAAAGAUUUCGAAACUUCCAAUAGUGAAGGCCAUGCUAUUCUGGAACCCUUAGUGAACGUAGGGGAAGAAGGUUCAGGAGGGAAUGAGGAAUGGAUCCAAGCUCAAGUGAAAAACGAACCUAUUGAAGAUGACUACCCGGAGGAAGACGUAAGAUUUGAUGAAACUUACAGCCAAGUGAAAAUUGAAGACGAUUUUCAGACUACGGGCUGCAGUGAUACGGGUUUACAACCAAAGAAAAAACCUACAUCGAAAGAAGUGCCAGAUCUAAAAUGUCCUUGCUGCCCGAAUACCCAUUACUAUUCAUCCAUACUUAGGAGACACCUUCUAUCUCACAAAAAGGAUCGACCGCACCGCUGUUCCUAUUGCCCAAAAAGCUUUACACACGCAAAUACUCUUAGUCAACACAUACGAACACACAUCGACGGUCUUUUCAAGUGUCCACAAUGUUCUAAGACGUAUUCCCACAAGUCCACUCUUAAGAACCACAUCUUGAAGCACAGCGACUUGUCGGAGGAGUACAAGCAUUCUUAUUGCAUAAGAAGUCAAUCGCAAAAUAUGAUAUAUAACGUCGACCGACCGAAAAAGUGUCCUCACUGCCCUCAGAUAUUUAGUCGAAACUCACUUCUUACAAAACAUUUUCUUACUCAUAAGGAAGUGGGUCCACACAAAUGCUCUUUUUGUCCGUUGUACUUUGAUAAUAGGGAAUACCUAGCCAAUCAUGAAAAGACUCACCGGUAAACGGUCUUGUUAAUCUGGGUUAAAUUAUUACAGGGGCUUUAAAAACAUUACUCCCAACAUUUCAAACCCAUUAAUUCAAUAUUAAUACAAAUGUGAAAUAUGUACAUAUUAUAUAUUAUUACAUUUUCUUUGAAAGAGUUCCAUUAUCAAAGUAUGUCCCAUUCACCUUUUGAAAAAUGUUCGCCCAAAAAAUCCUUUCGCAUUAAGCAAUUUUGAAAACCACUCUGGAAUGCUAGUGCUUUAAAAAUUAAGGUUAAUCUAGUUAUUAAUACAUGCUGUAAAUUGCAAUUUCAAUUUUAUUAGGCCAUUUUUAUUUACUUGUAUUAUAUACUGACAAUUAUUAUUUGGCUACAGACCUGACUUAGGUGUAAUCUUGAACGAAAAUAUAUUUGAAAUGUUUUUAUAAACAA